AAAAAAAACAAUCAUGCAACAUGCAAUAAAGCCAGUGACGUAACUUGCACUGGCACUUUAAAAUGACAUUCUGUGAUAUUUAAUUGCAUUUUCUUUUAUGUGUAGCGCAAUGGAAAUGCCAUGGAUGUGAUGUGCCAGGCGCAGUGACAGUCAAUGAUGUGGACGCUCACACUGGAUCCUCCUGAAGACCUGCUACAGUCGAGCCACAAGAUGCGCACUUGGCGCUCCAGCUUUGGGAGGAGCUUCGGGAUUUUCCCCCUUGUUUCACGCCACUCUCCAGCGAGGACUCGUUUGCAAAAGGAGAUAUAGAGGGGGAAAAGGUUUCAGCACAGUCUAAGUUUGGCAUCUACCGAUAAAAUGAGCCCGCCAGACACAUCCAACGCCACGAGCGAAGUGGAGGCUGGUGAAACCAAUCCCUGGUUUCUACUUAACGACAGCAUGGGUUUAUACCCGCCUGGUUUCCACACUGACAUCACCAAGCACCUCGGAGUCCAGAUCACCCUGAUCGCAGCAUAUUCCCUGAUCAUUCUGCUGGGGCUAAUGGGGAACGCUCUCGUCAUCUACAUGAUCAUUCGCUACAGAACCAUGAGAACUGUGACUAACUUCUUCAUAGCUAACCUGGCCCUGGCAGACCUCCUGGUGGACACACUCUGCCUGCCCUUCACUCUGGUUUACACUCUGCUAGAUGAGUGGAAGUUUGGAGCCGUAUUGUGCCACAUGGUACCGUUUGCCCAGGCCCUGAGUGUGCACGUAUCCAUCCUGACGCUGACUGUCAUCGCUCUGGAGCGUUACCGCUGCAUCGUCUUUCACCUUGGCCGGCGCCUCACGUGGCACACCAGCUUCCUCAUCAUGGCAUUCACCUGGACUUUGUCUGCUGUCCUGGCAGCACCCCUUGCCAUCUUCAGAGAGUACCGCCACGAAGAGAUCCCUUCCAUCAACUUGCGUAUCGCUGUCUGCUCUGAGAAGUGGCCCCACGGCACCAGCAGGGACGGAGUCAUCUACAGCCUCUCAAUGCUGCUCCUGCAGUACAUUCUUCCCUUAGCCAUCAUCAGUUAUGCUUACAUCUGCAUCUGGGUCAAACUGAAGAACCACAUCAGUCCGUCCAGCCGCAACGACAGCAUCAACCGCCGCAAGAAAACCACCAAGAUGUUGGCCCUGGUGGUGGUGGUGUUUGCUAUCUGCUGGCUGCCGUUCCACGUGUUUCAGCUGGCCAGUGAUCUGGACCUGGUGCUCAGGUUUAAGGAGUACAAACUGAUAUACACGGUGUUCCACAUCAUAGCUAUGGGUUCAACUUUUGCCAACCCUGUGCUAUAUGGGUGGAUGAAUAAAAACUACAGGAAUGGCUUCCUCAUGGUCUUCCGUUGUGAGGACAAGCCAGAAUCCUUCCACACCGAGGGCUCGUUCAGGACACGCUCCUCAAGAAGGCUGACCCUGAACGGUCGUAAUGGCGGACACCCUCCGACUGCUGUAUGAUGAUUAUUAUUAUUAACACAAUUAAAAAAGCCUGUAGGAUGUGACUGAACACAAGGAACGCACCUUCGGUUUGUGGUGCUUGUGGUUCAAAAGUAGCCUUUUGACUUGAAUGGCCUGAUCUUGAGUAUCUAUUAUGGGACUGGAGAGGGCUCAAAGCUUUGCAUGCAAAUUGCUUUAUGUAAGACUCUUCUUUCCUUUGUGAAUGGUACUAGUGAAAAUACAUUUGUCGAACCUGUUCAAAUAUGUGUUUAAGAUGUUUGCUAGGCUGUUAAUUAACUAUGUAUAAUGUGUUUCCUGUAAAUGCAGAACUCUUGUUGGUAAGUAUGUCCAAUUAAUGAUGCACUCCAUUGCAUAAAUCGCCUGAGGCUAUUAACGUGUUCAUACUUGCUGAAGGUAAUUAUUGUGACUGUAUGAACAAGUUUAAUUUUCCACACUUGCUUUUCUAUUUGUUGGCUGUUCAACACAUUUGGAUGAUUUUCUCUUAAUUAAUCCAAAUGCUGCGUUUUGGAUUAAUUCCAGUGUUCUCGCAGAGUAACAUUCAAUCCUCAUCCAAGGAAUCCAGAGGAGGCUAUUAUCUGUCCAACCAGGAAGGUAAUUGUGUUCACCUGGUAACCAGCUGUUCCCAAUUAGAUGGGCCAGCAGGCCUCUCUGUGUCCAAAGGAAAACUACUAAACUGUGUGAAGUGAGAGUUGAUGAUAUGUUCAUCAUCAUCAUCAUCAUCAUCAUCAUCAUCAUCAUCAUCAUAAUGUGGGCAGCUGCUUUGACGAUAUGUAAAAAAAAAAGGGAUUCGGAAGAAAACAAAACAUGCUAUUCUACACCGAGCUGCUAAAGUGUCCUUUGUUGGUGGUCUUUUAAUGAACACAGGAACAUUAAUCAACCGCACGGCCUCUGGGCACACAUACUGAGCCCCCGUUGCAUACAUAACUCCCAGAGUUGAUUUGACUGUCGGGAGAAAUUAUGUUUUGUGUGUCAAAUAAACAGACCUUGGCUUGGCUAAAGCUUGGAUGAGUGGGUUGAAGUAAAGAAGGAGUAAGUUAAAGCAGCAGUGGGUAGAAUUGGAGCAAUUAUGAUUAAAAAAAUAUUAAUAUUUUUAAUUAUUUAUAUAAAAAGGUCACUAUAUCCUGACAGUAGUGCACGA